GAGGAAAAUUUUUUUUUGACUUUGUUGUAGUCGUUGUUGUGUUGGAGUGUAUACUUAGCUGUUAAAAUGCCUGAGCCGGCGAAAUCUGCUCCUGCUCCGAAGAAGGGGUCUAAGAAGGCCGUGACCAAGACCCAGAAAAAGGGAGAUAAGAAACGUAGAAAAACUAGGAAGGAAAGUUAUUCAAUUUACGUGUACAAAGUGUUGAAGCAAGUUCAUCCGGACACUGGCAUUUCUUCUAAGGCCAUGGGGAUCAUGAACUCUUUUGUAAACGAUAUUUUCGAACGUAUCGCUGGGGAAGCGUCUCGUCUGGCUCAUUACAACAAGCGUUCAACCAUCACUUCCCGGGAGAUCCAGACCGCUGUGCGCCUGCUUCUGCCGGGGGAGUUGGCCAAACACGCGGUGUCUGAGGGUACAAAGGCUGUUACUAAGUACACCAGCUCUAAAUAAAGAUCAAUCGAAAGAAUGUUAACAUCAGUAACCCAAAGGCUCUUUUCAGAGCCGCCCACUUUUUCUGUAAAAGAGCUUUAGCACUAAACCAUGCAUGGUGUUCUUUUGACACAGUACUCUAUUCUGCAUUUUUAAUAUGUUUAUUAUUGAUUGAUGCUGGAAAUAAACUAAUUGCAGUAACUCCAGUUUAAAAAUGUAUUUGUCUUAGUGAGGAACCAAAAUCCACAUGAAUACAAGAAAUAAAAUUGAAAUUUACUGUAUACGAAUACUCAAAUGAUGAAAGUAAAAGAUAUAUCAUUUGUUGUUGCUUCCAGUUGAGGGUGUGCAUUCAGUAUCCAUAUAAAUGAGCCUUACUACUUUUCUGUCUUAUUUGCGUUAACACAAAGCCUGACAAGACUGUUCGUAGAUGAAAGUUAACUCAAAACUUUUGUUAAACUGUAGCACUUGAAAUACCAUUUUUAACUGACAAGGUUUGCAUCAGUAACAAAUUAAUCCAAUACAGUAAACCUAAGAAACGUCUUGGUGCUAGGAUAAAUUUGUGUUGUGAACUAAGAAAAAUACGAGGAAACAAUUUAUGAAAGUAUUGUAAAUGAAUCCAGGUACAUUCUUCAUUUGUCCUUAAUCUACACGUUAAAUGUAAAGAGAAGAAUUGGUGGGUUCUGGAUUAUAUACCCAAUCAAUUUGAGGGGAAAGGAGUUUUUAGCUCAUCCUCACCUUUAAAUCAUCUCGAAUUAAUAAGAGAAUGGAAACAUGAACACAUACACCCACACCCUGGUCUAUCUCCAUGCCUGUUCUCUGGGACUAGUGUUCAGGAGUCAUAAAUAAGUCAGUCUGAAAAUGAAACAGUGAGACAGUACAAUAUGUAUGUACCGUGUGAUAAAUACACACACACGUACAGAGAGAGAGAGAAAAGAGAAGAGAAAAAAUAUAUUUAAAGAAUGGGCUAUAACUGUAGUUUGGGCUGGGAAAUGCAGGUCUCGUAGCCGUGUCUGUCCCAGAAUAUUAGCGACAAGGUGGGUGAGAUAUCUUAUGUUGUACCAAGUUCUAUUGGUGAGAAAGACAAGCUUAAAGAUAUUAU